ACACACAGACACCCGGCCCUGUUUUCAUGAAUGAAAUCCAAUGCUCCGCUAUAAAUAGCACGGAGGGCACAGACGUCACGAGGACGAGAGUGGCAGCGGCUCCUGCCUCAGCCUCCUCGUGGGGCGGGCUGGGGAGGGAGGAGCGGGGCGGGAAGCGGCGCGCGCCCUGGCCGGACGGCAGCAGCGGUACAAAGGGGCGCGACAGCGCCAUGCUGCCUCCCUGCAACGCCGCGGUGGCCCCUCGCCCUGCGCGCCCCGCCUGAGGAACAGCCGCCGCUGGGUCCGUCCGUCCGUCCCCCCCCCUGCCCAGCCUGAGGGCGGCGAGGCAGCGCGGCCCCUCCCGGUUUUUGAUAAAUGGACACUGACAUGGACUACGAAAGGCCCAACGUUGAAACCAUAAAAUGUGUGGUGGUUGGCGAUAAUGCAGUGGGGAAGACUCGCUUAAUUUGCGCGAGGGCAUGCAAUACCACUUUGACACAGUAUCAGCUGUUGGCAACUCACGUACCAACCGUCUGGGCAAUUGAUCAGUACCGUGUCUGCCAAGAGGUCCUUGAACGCUCCCGGGAUGUUGUUGAUGAAGUGAGCGUUUCUCUCAGACUCUGGGAUACUUUUGGUGACCAUCACAAAGAUAGACGAUUUGCUUAUGGAAGGUCUGAUGUAGUUGUUCUGUGUUUUUCAAUUGCUAAUCCUAAUUCCUUGAAUCAUGUGAAAACAAUGUGGUAUCAAGAAAUCAAGCACUUUUGUCCUCGCACACCUGUUAUUUUGGUUGGCUGCCAACUGGAUCUUCGUUACGCUGAUCUUGAAGCUGUUAAUCGAGCCAGACGGCCUUUAGCAAGGCCUAUAAAAAGGGGAGAUAUUUUACCACCAGAAAGAGGCAGAGAGGUUGCCAAGGAGCUUGGGAUACCAUAUUAUGAAACUAGCGUAUUUGACCAGUUUGGAAUUAAGGAUGUUUUUGAUAAUGCGAUUAGAGCUGCACUAAUAUCCAGGAGACACCUGCAGUUCUGGAAAUCACAUUUAAAGAAGGUCCAAAAACCUUUACUUCAGGCUCCAUUCCUACCUCCAAAGGCACCUCCUCCAGUUAUUAAAAUCCCAGAGUGUCCUGUAACCAGUAUGAAUGAGGCUGAAUAUUUGUUAGACAAUCCAUUGUGUGCAGAUGUUAUGUUUGUUCUUCAGGAGCAGAAUCACAUUUUUGCUCACAAGAUUUACCUAGCUACCUCCUCUUCAAAAUUUUAUGAUCUUUUUUUAAUGGAAUGUGAAGAAUCUCCAGACUUCAGUGAAAUACAGUGUAGUACAGACAAGACCAGUAGGGACUUCCUGUCUAGAACAAGUCAUCUUGAAACAGAUGGUGACAGUGAUGAAGCAAAUUUAAAAACCUCUGAUGCCAAACUUCCAACACUAGAAACUGAUGGGACUUUAAAGAUGCUAGAACUUGAAACUGAAGAAACCAAUUCUAUAAGGGGAGCUUUGUCCUCCUUGGGCAAAGGGUUUGUUAGUAUGCAUAAGGAAAUACAAAUCAAUCCUGUAUCUAAUAGGAAAUGUCCUGUAACUGUGGUCAAAAUGGAUUCCUCUGUUCAGCCUGGGCCUUUUAAAACUGUUUUACAAUUUCUAUAUGCUGGGCAACUGGAUGAAAAUGAAAAAGAUUUGACAAGAUUAGCACAGAUUGCUGAAAUCUUGGAAGUAUUUGACUUGCGGAUGAUGGUGGAAAAUAUUAUGAAUAAAGAAGCCUUCAUGAAUCAAGAGAUUACUAAAGCCUUUCAUGUCAGGAAAGCUAACCGGAUAAAAGAGUGUCUUUGCAAAGGGACAUUUUCUGAUGUGACAUUUAAGGUGGAUGAUGGAAGCAUAAAUGCCCACAAGCCACUUCUGAUUUGUAGCUGUGAAUGGAUGUCUGCGAUGUUUGGAGGAUCAUUUGUUGAAAGCUCAAACAGUGAGGUUGUUCUUCCCAACAUAAACAAGACUUCUAUGCAGGCAGUUCUGGAUUAUUUGUAUACCAAGCAAUUAUCAUCAAGUCAGGAGUUGGACAUGCUUGAAUUAAUUGCACUGGCAAACAGAUUUUGCCUCCCACACUUGGUUGCACUGGCAGAGCAGCAUGCUGUGCAGGAGCUGACUAAAGCCUCAGGGAAUGGCAUUGGCAUAGAUGGUGAAGUACUCUCCUAUUUGGAAUUGGCCCAGUUUCACAAUGCUAAUCAGCUGGCAGCGUGGUGCUUGCACUACAUCUGCACCAACUACAACAGUGUUUGCUCCAAAUUCCGCAAAGAAAUAAAAGCUAAGUCUUCAGAUAAUCAAGAAUAUUUUGAGAGACAUCGUUGGCCUCCUGUAUGGUACUUAAAGGAAGAAGAUCACUACCGGCGUGCUAAAAAGGAAAGAGAAAAGGAAGAUAUUGCACUGAAUAAACAUCAUUCAAAACGGAAGUGGUGCUUCUGGAAUUCCUCUACUGUAGUUGCCUGAGUAAAGCAAAUACAUGUGAACACUUCAACGGUGUAAUUAUAACACUGCUCUAAAAUUAGUCUUAUUGUUAGAAAUAAGAUGUAGUUCAGGUCCCCGACACUGAUUUUAUUCCACGUUUUGCAUUUAUCAUUGUUAGGGUCAAAAGCACAAGCUCAGCUAUAGUGAGCCUGGAAUAGUUACUUAAACUGAUAUGUAUAUUUUUGCUUAGUAAGCAAAAUUAGCAUCUACCAUUAUUACAUUUCUUUUUAUACAAAAACAAAUCCAGCAUUAAUGUUUCAAACUCCAAAUUGGGAAAUAUUUUUAUACUGUCUUGUGUAUUUUGUUUAAAUAAAAAUUCUGGGUAUAACUUUAUUUUACAAACCACAAAAUAACCACAUAGCAGCUUUGUAAUUAGAUUUUAACUAUUUUUCUUAUAUGUGUACAGUGAAAUAUAAAGUAAUACCCCUCUUAAUAGAUAACCUUCUGUCUUAAGUGACCAGUUUAAAAUUACCCCGUGAAAAUGUCAUCUUAGUUUAAAAAAAAGCUUCUACUAGGAAACCAGUUUUUGUCCCUACAUUCCAUGCACUCAUAACAUAUAUAGAUGGCUAUUCCUUCUUUCUAAAGUAAAGGGUUAUAAUAAGAUCAAAUAACUGCAAGUUAUAGACCAUUUAAUCUUUGUUCAGCUGAAUAAUAGGCAGUAUAAUUACCUGUUCAACUGCAGGAAUAUGUAUUUCUAAUAUUUGCCAUGUGAGUGCAUUAAUUUUGGUUAUAUGGGCCAUGUGAAAUCUAGUGAUUCUAAGUAUUCAGAGGUUUUAAAGGUCUAGAUUGAAGAGGAUAAUUUUAAAAUCAUUAGAAGGGCUUAUUAAUUUAUAUCUUUAUCCAGGGCAAACUCAGUAUGGAUCUGAAUUCA